UCAGAGUCCAAAAGCCGCUCCCAGGUGCGGGGCACCAUCGCACCAGCCAUGGCGACAUCCGGUGCCUUCAUCCCUCUGCUGCUGCUCUUCCUUCUCCCUGGAGUCUCCCCCGACUGCUACAUGGGCACAGCUGAGGAGUGCGAUGAGAUCAUGGACUUCGUGCCCGCGCACAGGUUGGUGGGGGAGGGCAUCGACGUGACCACGCUGGAGUGGACGGGGGCCAAUGUGGUGGACACCAGCCUGUGGCGCCACCCAAAUGGCACCUGCACCCUAUGCGAGAACCAGUGGCAGAAGCAGAGGCUGCCGCUGGCCGUGGUGGACUGGAGGGUCCACAUCUCAUGCAGCCAGGAGCUCAGCAGCUCAGUGGAAGAGUCAGCCAUGGACGUGAGCCAGGCACUGGCGUUGGAUGUGAACAAUGACUGGAUGUCAGCGCUGCAGCUGCGAAAGGAGUCCCGUGGCCCGGCCUUGGGGGGGUCCAAAUCCCAGCUCACCAGCUACGCUUACCAGAAGGAGCUGCAGGACAAGUACAUGUUCGUGCGCCACGAGAUACCCUGUGUGUAUUACAGGCUGAGUCUCGCUCAAGACCCCCCACUGAUGCCCCGGUUCUUCCGGACCCUGAGAAGUCUCCCACCCGGCUACAACUCAUCCAUAUACUGGCCCUUCCUGGCCAACUAUGGUACCCACUAUGUGAGGCAGGCGCAUCUGGGGGGGCGUGUGCGUCAGCUGACAGCCGUCCAGACCUGCUGGGCAGUGCUGGAUGGGCUGACAGCUGCUGACAUCAAGAUGAACCUGGACUCACAGUUCUUGCAAGACCUGGGCUUGAGACCGCUCUCCUCCAGCGCCCAGUCCAGCAACAAGAACAGCCAGGGCAGGGGGAGCUCCCAGCCGCCCUACAUGGAGAAGCGCAUCCAGGUGACGGGUGGCAACAGCUACUCCAAGCAGCUCCUCUCCACCAACCAAGACGCCAGCUCCUUCUCAACCUGGAUGGAGAGCCUCAGAGCCAGACCCGACCUGGUCUCCUACUCUCUGAUGCCCAUCCACACCCUGGUGAGACCGGGCGACCCCAGGCGGGAGGCGCUGAAGCAGGCAGUGAAGGAGUACGUGUCUGAGCGGGGGCACAAGAAGAGUUGCCCUCGUAGCUGCCCAAAAGGGGGCCAGGCCGACACCUUGGACCCCUGCAAAUGCUACUGCUCCGGCAACCCCCUCACCAACUCCAUGUGCUGUUCACUUAAGCGGGGCAUGGCCCGGCUGAAGGUCCAUGUGCUGCGGGGCACAGACCUGUGGGGAGACGACACGUCCGGCACCGAUGCCUAUGUCAAGGUCCUCUUCCAAGGACAGAUCAUGGAGACAGGCUACACUAGUGGCGAUGACAACCCCAUAUGGUCAGAAGACCUGGACUUUGGGCCAUUGAUGCUUCCGGUGAAGCCCCAACUGACAAUGGAGGUGUGGGACUCGGACCCAUGGUACGACGACCUGCUGGGCUCCUGCAACAUCCACCUCAAGGUCGGCAGGAGCACCGCGCUCACCUGUAACCUUGAAUACGGCUCCGUGUUCUAUUUCUACACGCUGGAGUGUGGGCCCAACCUGGGGGGCAACAACUGCCAUGAGUACGUGCCUGUGACAGGCUGAAGGGAGAGAACCCAGGAGUCCUGGCUCCCAGCCCCCUGCUCUAUCCCACUAGCCCCUACCUCCUUUCCCGAGCAUUACCAAGUCUCAAAAGAAAAUAAAGCGGCUACACCUUUCCAAACUC